UGUGUUUAGUCGGCAGGGUCUGUUACCGUGGUUACAGUAAACCAGCGCGUGAGAGUACAGUUCUGCUGUAUGUUUUAUAGUUGCGUGAAGAUACACCAUGUCCAACACCACGGCAAAGCAAGUGAGACCUACUGCAAAAGUGACCCGAUCAUCACGAGUGAUGAAUCAGUCAGGAUCUGGAACACUCCGUAUAAACCGAAGUUCCACAAACAGGAGGAUUGUCAAUGCGUCUGUGAGCCGAAGGAGCUUCUCUUUAGCAAGAGACAGUAAAGUUCUUGAUAAAGGCUCCGUUCAAACCCCCAAACACACUGUACAGGUGUUUGAUGAAACAGGGAAGGAUGUCACUCCUCAGCCUCUGUACCAGCUGGAACCCGGAGCCACGCAAACCAAACAGAGCAAAAUAUUCCCAGGACAUGACGCAUCAGAAGGGACCGUCUCUGACUUUCUGUCUACAGUGUACCACACCAUGAGUGCGAGCUCUGCAGGACCCUUUACCAUGUCUGUUUUUGGGAGUACGUUAGUGUCGAGUCACUCUGCGAUGGAAUCGGUGAGCGAUGAAAUUGAGGAGAUUUCUGCAAAACAGGAAACCUUGAUUAGUCUCUCAGAACUAAAGAUCAAGAGUGAGGAACAAAUCAAGGAGCCCCUGCUGGACAAUCCAGUGGACAUUUACCUCACUGAGACAGAGAUCAUGUGCUUCCUGGACAUUCCUGCAGUGUCCGUAUCUGUUGACUCAAAAGAGGCUGAAGCAGUCAAGAAACGGAACAAGGCAUACGCAGAAAUUUGCAAGAGCAGACAGGGAAAUGAUAAAUAUGUGGAGCGAGAAAUGCAGACGAUUAACGCAGCAUCUAAAUCUAAAGAAGUCCAAAGUGACCACAUCAUCAAGGUGGAAAAAGGUUCCAUGGCCACCAGUUGGGACAUCUAUGACUUGUCUGUGAGCAGCAGCAGGGCAGAAGACUCAGAAGGAAGUAAUACAGAUAAAGAGAAACCCAGCAGCCCAGAUGUCUCCUCCAGUCAGACUCACUUAGAGUCAAACAGAGGUCUCCAGAGAACCAUGUCCAGAGUCAGUGCCACCAGUACGGUCAGUACCGCUAGCUCCCAAAGACAGAUGGAGGCUUCCACAGCUCAGAUGGAGGAUGAGCCUGACCCAGAGCAGAUCCUGCCCUCAGAGAAGUUCCAGCAGUCCUUGCAGGUGAUGGAGAGGAUGGUUCUGCUGAACAUCUACCAACACAAACUAGCUGCCUACAGAGGGCUGUCCAUACUGCCAGAUCCAGACCAUGUAGAGGACAUGGUACCGGAUAAGGAAGAGAAUUCGCUCAACCCAGCUCUGGAGCUUCUCUGGACCUUCAGCUGUGAGCCAACCAAGGGCCACAGUGUCACCAGCAUGGCCUGGAACAAGAAAAAUCCAGACAUCCUGGCGGUGGGAUACGGGCGGGUUGACUUCAAGGAUCAGAAAUCUGGGCUGGUCUGCGUCUGGUCUCUGAAGAAUCCUACUUGGCCUGAGCGGAUUUUCAACUGUAAAACAAGUGUAACAUCCCUGGACUUCUCAGCCUCUAACCCCAGUCAGUUAGCAGUGGGCCUAUAUGAUGGCACCAUCGCCAUCUACAACGUGCAGGGCACUAAGGCAGCACUGGUCUGUGACAACAGGGACUGUAGCCAAAAACACACAGCUCCAGUGUGGCAGGUGAAGUGGAUCAAUCGCAUACAGAGUCCAUCAGGAGAAGAUAAAAGAGAGACACUGUUCUCUGUGUCUGCUGAUGCGAGGAUCAGUGAAUGGUUCCUUCAUCAAGGCCUUGACUGCACCGAUAUUUUGAAGCUGAAGAGGAUAAGGAACGAGAAAACGGAGCAAGAUUGGAGGCAUGAGCCAUUCAUCUCUCGCUGGGCGGUUGGACUGUGCUUCGAUUUUCACCCCCAUGAUUCCAACAUGUAUUUGGUGGGAACGGAAGAGGGACAUAUUCAUGAAUGCUCCUGUUCAUACAACGAGCAGUUCUUGGAGACCUACACAAAUCACCUAGGUCCUGUCUAUAAGGUCACAUGGUCACCAUUUUGUCCAGACAUCUUCCUCAGCUGUUCUGCAGACUGGACCAUUCAGCUUUGGAGUCAGGAUCACUUUACUCCCGUGCUGAGCUUCACUUCCAUCAAGGAACCUGUGUAUGAUAUCAUGUGGUCCCCUCGCUGGGCUACUGUAUUCGGGGUGGUCAACAAGGAUAGAGUGGAAAUCUGGGAUCUGGGAGCUAGCAUUCUGAAUCCGACAUUAGUAAGUGAGGCCAUUCCAGGGAUGAACCCAACCUCUCUGCUAUUUGCCAUGAAGACAGACUGUGUUCUAGUAGGGGACAGUGAGGGCCAGGUCAGUGUCUACAAGCUGAAGAACUUCACAGCAGGAGAAGCAACAGAGGUGGACACACUGAAUAACAUAGUAAGCUCCACACUGGCCAGGCAGCACUGAAAGAGAGAGAGAGAGACCACGUGGGUCUGUUACUGUGGUGCUGGAUGUGAAUCAGGACUGAGCUGCUCUAAUAAUAACAAUAAUCUGAUAAUUCAUUUUAUGUAACUAUCACAUUAAAGAAUACACUUAUGAAUUUUCCAGAUAAAACUAAAGUGAAAUAAAAUAAGAAGAAAUGCAACAUACAAAUACAAAUGUGAAAUAAAAAAUGGAAAUAGAGUCAACCUUGGCAAAGGGAUUACUAUUGAGGUGGACAGUGUUUUGCAGGGGGAAAAACACUUAAUAUAAAAUAAUUAAAGAACACAACAGGAUAUUAUAUUAUAUUAUAUUAUAAGAAAAUAAUCAACAACAGCGUGAUGUGAUGCAGUCUGACACAAAGUGAAGGAUUUUUAUCAUUACCACAUUUUAUUUAUUAAAGAAUGACCAUAAGUUUUAUCCAUUUAUAUGCACAUUUAAUGUCAUGGAGUGUCCAUGAAAAAAGUUACUUUCUGUUAUUACUUACAUUAUAGGAGCUACAAACAGCCUUUCUAUCACUAGCUUUUCUUUUUUUUCUCUCUCUUGUAAAAGUUUAUGGUAAAAAAUGCUUGCGUGUUUACCUCUAUCCUGUACUGGAAAACUUUGGAACGUCUACCGCAAACAAAAACAAGUCAAGAGGCUAUCACACUUGACUUAUGCUAUAGGUUAUCAUCUAGUGAAUUUUUAGGGUAAACCAAUUUAUAGCAGUUGAGGGUCACAACAUACAGUUAUCCAGCAUACAGUCUAGCAGCUUGUUUUGUGCAGUUUUAGAUGUUUGUUCAACAGCAGGUGAGUUUCCAAACUCAGACAAAAGUCCUUCAUCAUCUGUGCAAGUAGAGUGCUUCUGAGGCUGUA